CGCUCGACUGGUUGCUGGUUCCCCGCCUCGCAGCGUCAGCCCCCCACGUCCCGCCGUGCGGCUCCGAGAGCGAGAGGCGCGCGAUCCGUGCAGAAGCUGGAGGCACGCGACCACGGCACGAGGCAUCUGGCGCCCGCUGUCCCGGAGGCCCGAGAGAGAACGGACGUACCCUCGUCGUCGCCUACCUCUGCGCUCCCUCUGCUUGUUGCCUAGUACGUCUGCUAUGUGCUAUCCGCCGCUCGCGAAGGAGCAGCAGUGUCCACGCUGGCGCCAUUCGAAUGCACAUAUGAUGAAGCAGGCAAGUAGUGCCAGCCCUUCGCAGCUCCCUGCGCGCCCAGGGGCCCUCCCACUCCGCCGAACACACCAGCCAGCGCCCUAGCACGCGGAGCGGCCAUUGGAAGAUGCCCGAUAGCUGCUCGACGAAAUGCCUCCAAGGCAAGCUACUCAUUGAACCAACACUGGAUCCAGACGUCCUCUGCCUAGGAACAAGGUGGCAACAACGUCCUCGGCCACGUCUUACUCACAGAUGAACAAGGCUGUUCAAUUCAUAUGUGCAGAUGCAUGUGUGGGCACGCAUGAUAGAGAAGCUAGCUAUAUACAGAGCAUGGUGAUCGGGUACAGCGCGGCGUCACCAUCAGCAGCCAGACCUCACCAGGAAGAUGUGGCUCAUCCUCACCGUUUGAGCUUGUGGACCUAUAGGUGCAGCAGCUUAUGAAUGACUGCAGCCUGUUAUUUUGCAAGCUUUGCCCCCAUCAAAGAAAUCUUGCUUGCCCAACUUAGGCAAAGCUGACAACCUGAGAUAUGCUCUAUAUGUGUUUGAUGAAAUGCACAAGUGUGGACCAGCAUAUUCAUAGUCAUAGGUCUUUCAAAAAUACUCAUAGUUAUAGCUAUGCCUGAAGAACCCGACAUACAAGCUCCGAGACUUAGAUAAUGGAUAAUGGGAUGGCUCCUGAGACCAAAGUUGUAAAGGCAUCUAAGCCUGUCCUAGAGUGGCAUAAAUGUAUUCCACAUAAGUUGCUGCCUUUUAAAUGGCAUUUGCAGCAUCUGCUGGUGCGUUCAUGGGCCUUGCGGGCUACCAAUAUCCGAGAUGGACACCAUACAGAAGAUAUUUUGGGCACAAUUAAGCGCUUACUUAUUCCGCAGUUAUUAUUGACCAUAACAUCCUGGUCACCACAGAUUGGUUCUGCGUCAGGGUUAAAAGAAACAGGGUUCAGAAUAUCCACGGCCACAUGCAGCGGACCUGAGCAGUACUCCCUACUACCUACUUCCUGGAAACUGCGGCAUGCAUACGACCUAUAG